AUGAUGAACCGUCAAUUCCUUCUCAUUGCAGCUGUUAUGCUUGCUCUCAUUUGUUUCACACAAGGUCAAUCUGUCCAAUCAUAUGCCACUUAUCGUGGUACUACUUGUUCCUCCUCCCAAAAUGUUGCCAAUAUUUAUACACUUGCUAUUGGUAUUUGUGCAACAACUGGAUGUUUAGGUGCUUCCAAUGGUGUUGAAGGAUACAGUGUUAAAACUGAAUGUAUCAAUUCCAUUCCAACUUCACCAAGUAAUGGAUAUUAUAUGAUUACUACUUAUUCUGAUAUUUCUUGUAAGCAAGCUACUACUACUGCAUCAUCAUUUGCUCUCAAUACAUGUAUUCCUGUCAAUAAUCAAACCUAUGGUUCUGUUAAAUAUAUUGGAUGUAGUCAAAGGGUUCAAUAUGCUGAUAAGAAUUGUGCAACUGUUCAAGAAUCACAACCUAUUGAAACUGCUAGUUGUUUAUUUGGUAUUUCACUUCAAUGUAAUGGAGCUGCUAAUUUGUCAAUUAGUGCUUUGACUGUUUUGAUUGGUUUAAUUCUUGCUGCUUUCUUUUAA